CUGCUCAGAGAGAGAGGUACACCUGUAGGCCUCUCCUCACGGCCUCCUUCUUGUUUGAGGAGGUGAGUGAGGCCACUGCAGAGGAGGCCUGCGCUCCGAAACGGGACGCAGCCGCAGCAGGACAGUGUGGUACAGGAAGAUUAAAAGGUGAUGUGAUGAUGCCUGGAGUAAAGCCUCCCUCCUUGGAGCGCCACGCAGACGCCCUCUGCAGCGCUGAUAACGGCAGCACUGAACCUGGAGAUGAAGCCGUGGACCCAGAGCUGCUCCUGGAUCUCAUCCAGCACCCGUUUCUUUCCAGCUCUUCUCCACUGGAGCAAAAUAAAAUCUGGAGCCAAGAUGGAGAUCUGCUGAGAUGUGGGCUGUUGGAAAGGAAAUGGGAGCUCUGGCACGAGUUUAUGAAGGAACACGGCCGGCUGGAUGGCUGGCUGCAGUCGGCUGAGCGGGCCGUCGGCUCGGUGAACCUCGCUCACGUGACCUACGGAGCCUCCAAGGAGGAGCUGGGCAAGUUUGAGAGGUUACGACGUGAGGCGGGGUCUCAGCUCAUCCAGCUGGACAGCCUGACCCGGAGGAACCGCACCCUGACCCGGAUCUUUCAGGGGACCAUGCAGGCUCGGCUGCUGGCGUCGGCUCGGGAAUGCGGCCACCGAUGGGACGAGGUGAAGGCCAAACUGGAGACCACUGCAGGACGACUGCAGCGCUUCGUCUCAGAGUGGGAGGACUUUGAAGCGGAGCGGGAGGAGCUGGCGCUCUGGUUGGCUGACAUGGACGCUCGUCUGACGGAGAUAGAUCACAUGGCUGGAAACAACUGUGAGAAGCUGCGGCAGCUUCAGUCCUUCCAGCAGUCGGUGUGUGAGAACUCGGGCCGUGUGAACGACCUGCUGCAGCGUGGCGAGGAGCUGAUCCAGCGCUGCGAGGCCGCCGACGCGCAGACGGUGGAGCGCCGCCUGCUGGAGCUGCUGCGUCGCUGCAGCUACGUCUACAACAACAUCGCUCGGACUCACACGCGGCUCCUCAGCAUGAGACUGGUCUUUGAGGAGGACUGGAUUCUGUCCCGGGCCUCAGACUCUGGCUGUCCCUCAGAAUCUGUGCAUGAAGACGGAGUCUUUGAGAAAAACCACCUGGACCUCGCUUCUGUUCCAGCUCCACUCAGAGCAGAUGUCAGGCCGUCUGUGAGCCCAGCACCGACCCAGCUGUCCCGUCCACCCUCGCCUCCUCCGUCCUCCCCGUCCUCUCCUACCCAUGAGCACUUGGGGCUGGAGUGGGACCCCUCGGUGGACAUCGGCCGCUCGGUCUCUCAUGACGACGCAGACUCUUCGUACUUCAGCGCCUGCACAGGUCUGUGUCACAGAGAGGAGACCAAGAGGAUGAGCUACCUCAGCUCCUUUGACUCUCGCUCUGACAUCAGCGCUGACAUCACUGCUGACAUCACCAACCAGGAAGCAGCUCUGAGUCCUCAGGAAUGGACGGACCGCACAGAACCAGCUUUGUUCUCACCUGGGGCCACCAGGCAGGAGGAGGACCAAUGGACCGCCUCCACUCCUGAAGGAGACCUCAACCAGCCAAUGAGGUUCGACGGUGGGCGGGUCACGGCGUGGCUGAGGGUCCAAAGCUCCGCCCCUGCAGAGAACGCCACUUCCUGUUCCAGAGCGGUGCAGACAGACGGAGACGUGAAGCACGGUGAGGACGGACUCCACGCUGACGCUCUGAACCAGAGGCGCCUUCCUCUUCCUGCGCCGUCGGGAUCUUCGUGGGGCCUGGAAGGAGAAGCCGGUGCUGGUUACCUGCCGUCACCUGUACAGGAUGAAGAUGAGCUGCUGUGCUGUGAGGAUGAGGAGCAGCGUCUGUCUGAGCGGAGCAGCAGACCCUCCUCUUCAUCAGCGCUCCUCUACCUCCUCCUGGCGGCGGUGCUGGCUCUGCUGGCCAGCCUGGUCUGGGUGGCCUCUGAGCCUCCCUGCCAGCGGAGCAGCAGGAUGCCGCGCUCCUUCCACCUCACCCUCAACUACGUCAACGGGCCCCCGCCGACCUGAAGCCCGGCUCAGCGACCCGCUGGAACCACCUUCUCCUCCUGGUGGUCGGUUCUGGUCCUCCUGAAACUGAACUGCGGUCCUUUAGUUUCUGCCGUUCAGGCUUCACAGCGCAGCGCCCGGUCCGACCGUCAUUUCUGGGUUAGAUGCAACGUUCCUGCUGCUGCGGUUUGAACCCAAAGAUCCAAACGGACCGGUCCGUCUUCUCCAGGUUCCCCUGAAGCCCGUUUUCCUCCUGGGAUUCUUCCCGUCUGCAGGUUCCUGAUAGAGAUCUGCAGCAGCCGGACUUCUGCAGACGUCCGGUUGGCAGCGGAAAGCUAGAACCUGAUGUAAAUGUUCUGUUAGAACCUGAUGUAAAUGUUCUGUUAGAACCUGAUGUAAAUGUUCUGCAGGACUUUUGGGUCCAGAUAGUUCUGUAUCACCCAGACAGAGAAAACAUGAUUUAACGUUUUGUUCUGUAAAGCAGCCAGUUGGGUUCCUGCUUCUUCUGCAGGACACCCAUGCAUCUGCAGUUCUGAGCGACCCAGUUUGAAGACAGUCAGCCGUCCUCUUGGUCCAUCUGCAUGUAAACAUUUACUGACGGAUGUAAACGACGCGUCUUGUACUGAAUCAGUUGCAUCAUGGGAGUUGUUUUAGGGGGCGGAGUCAGUUUGACGGCGCUGGGGACGGUUUCAUGGAACCAGGUUGUUGGGUUCAGUCUGCAGAGACCUGAACCGGGUCAGCGCGCUCCUCCUUUAAACCCGGGGGCGUCUGUUUGGAUCUUUGGGUUCAGAACCUGAUGGGAUGUUGUGGAAAACUUGCUGGAAUCAGACUUCCUGGUUGUUUUCCCGCCGUCCCUCACAGCCGUUAAGUUGAGGCUGAAGGCAGAAAAACGGACCUCUGCUCGUUUUUCUGCCUUCAGCCUCGUUUUCUUAAUCAAAUCUGCACAUUUAGAGUUUUUGAAAUUCAAACAUUGAAUUUGUCUCAGGGAGAGAUUCCCGUCAGGAAGAUAAAAUAUUUGUUAAAUCUGAUUAAAAAUACUAUUUUUCAUACUGAACAUUUCCCUUUUUUUAAAUGAUUUUUUUGUAAAUGAAGAGAAAAAUGAUCCUGA